GGCUCAGCCCCACAAUUAAUUAUAAUUCUUUUGUAUGAGAUCCUUUUAGUAUUAUCAAGUGCUUAGUAUUUUCUCUCCAGACCCUUUACCUAAAAAGGAGUUGUUAUUAUGAUUUUUCUUCAUGCAUUCAGUGCUAACUUGGAGGAGGAGGAGAUGGCCCCCCAAUACUGCGUCAGCCUGGGCGUGGGGCCUCAGUGGUGCUCCUGAUGCUCCCCAUGCCGCAUUGUUUAAAUUAGUCUCGCCGCACUCUCACAGCACAGAGAGCCGCGGUGUGGGGAAACAAGAAAAGCUCUCUGUGGUCCAAGAAUCUAAUAUCGUUGAUGAAGACGAACUGUUGAAUGCUGUAGAACACUAUGACAGCGUCAAGAUAUCAUUUGAGCUCCAUUUGACUGAGCUUACUGAAGCUCGCUGGGAGACACUUCUUCUCAAGAAACGUCUGUACAUCCAGGUGCCCUCUUGCCUUCUGCCUGAAGGAUCAAAGGAAGGGUUUAUUUCUCUCCUGGAAUAUGCUGAAGAAGUGCUUCACUGCACUGACAUCAUUGUCUGCAUGAAGAAAGAUCGAGCUGAUAGAGCUCAACUGAUUCGAACGUUCAUGUUCUUGGGCUUCACAGUUCUCACUCCAGGCCACGAGUUGAUCCCUCACAACAGUGAUAACAUCAACCUCUACAUGCGCUACACCACUGAGUAAAUCCCAUCAUUCACUUGUGUUCUCUAUUGUUAAUAUUAGCAUUUCAAAGUUUAAUUUUCAUCUUAAUUUAAUACCCGUAUGAUGUUUAUAUUCUUCAGUUAAUCUGUAAAAUACUAUUAGUUCUGGACCUGUAUGUAUAUUUUGGUUACGUAGAAGCUAUAAUUUUGGAAUAAUUCAUGUUGUUAAUUAAGUUUAUUUUAUGUAGAAUGAUUAAGUGGUGAUUUCAUGUUUAGAGAUUUAACGUCAAGAUGGUUUCUCUUUAAACAGUUGAGUGGCCAUUGGAAUGAGGGACCAACUUUCCUGACAAUCUGAUUGGCAUUUUGUUUAUAAUAAUUCUUGGUUUAAUGGCCUGUGAGCCGGAAUUUUAUUUUAUAUUUUCAUUUUCAUUUCAUAACAUUGACCUUUGUUACUUAAAAAUAUUUUAUACUUCCUCCUUAUUUUCAAUGACUGUUAUAAAGAUGGACCAUCUUGUACGCUCUGUGCUGAGAGUUUGGUAUGAGACUACAAAAAUUAAAAAAAAAAUGAAAAAAUGUAAAAAGUAAAAAAAAUUAGUAUUUUAAUACAAUUGAUUUAUUGAUGUAGAAUAUAGAGUUUGGUUCGCUUUGUUUAUCUUUAAGAGUGGUUUUUAUUAUAUUAUGUAGCAUAUACCAUUCCAGAGUUAUCGGUUGCCCUAUGUUAGUGAUGCCUGAAGCUGUUGGGGAUUGGCUGAAUGUUUAUUUACCAUCUUGUUUCUUUCAGAUCACUUUUCUCGCUUUUCCCAUUUACCAUUUCAUGUUUUUGGACUGUUUUAAUACAUACUAUCUGAUAUUUUCUUUGAUUUUAAGACUAAGUUAUUGUAGAUCAUUAAUGACUAUAUUACCAAACCUGAUCUUACCAUAAACAGAUUAAAAUUUUGUCACGUGUAUAAGGAACUGUUAUAUACCAGAAAAACAAUACACAGAAAGUCAGUUUAAAUAAAGUUAAUAUUAAAUAAAAAGGAAUUGGAAGUUAAGCUGAAGGCAGGCUCCCAUCAGGGUUCUAUGUAUGCUUUGUUUAAUUCCACAUUUAUAUUAUAUAUAUAUAUGUAAUAAGCUAUUUAACACACUAUUAAUAUUGAAUCGUUUAUUGUAGUCAGGUGCAUAUGUGUAAUAAAUUAAUAUAAACACCGAA